UAGAAGCGACCCAAGUCUCGAUAUUGGAACGUUGAGGUCGUAAAAAGCGACAACUAAAUUGUGGAGCUCGAUCUUAGCAAUUGCGAGAGCUCACUCGGUCCGGUUCUGAGAAUGUCCCUGCCCGCCGGGUCCCAUCGUAAAGGCUCGGUUAGAUACUUAUCGUUAUGGAUCCAUUUUCAAUCUCCAUAGGGGCAUUGCAGCUCAUCUCUUUCGCCGGUAAUUUCGUGAAAGGGUUGAGCUCUUUCAUCGAAAAGACCAAGAAUAUCGACAAGUCCAUCCAAGACCUACACGACGAAAUCCUACACUUAUACGAAGCACUUGAAAGAAUACGAAAUACAAUCCGUAAACGCACCCGACAACUGCCAUUCGAACGUGAGCAUCAUGCAAACAUCCGCCAAAUCAUCCAGUCGUGUGAGGCCUCGCUAAGGUCGCUGCAUCAAGAACUUCCCCCACUUCAUGACGGAAGCCAGACACCAAUCAAACGUAUACAGCACGCCAUAGUACAAUGCCUUAAGGAAGACAAAGUUCAACAUCUGCUUCGUCGCAUUACUUCAUAUAGAAGUCUACUGCAGAUGAGCUUAGAGACGCUCUCGUUCGGCCAUUUGAUGGAGACAGAGCGGUCCCAGAAGAAAAUCGAAGCCGAAGUACGGAAGCUGAGCAUCCUCUUCCAAAGUUCGCAGCUCUUCGGUCAUAUAAAUUAUGGAAAUACUCUGCUAGAGCGUACACGUAGCGUCGAGUCCGAAGUAGAAUCGGAAUAUUCAGAGGAAAACACAUUAGAAAAGGAGAUUUCUGAUUGGGGCAGGACAGCACAUGACUUGAAGUCGGCCGUGUCUUUAGACCAUGAGUCGUCUUGCGGUGGGAGCUCCGUUGCCCUAGACCUGGACGCGAGCGUCGAGACCUUGACAUUAUAUGACGAUACGUACGACCCAGAGCCUUCUCGCUUAGACCGACAGAGUGAAAUUCUUGAAUUUCAACUCAAUCAUAAUAAGGAGAUGGUACACGAAUUAAUGCAAUGCGGCUUAGUUAUCGAGGCGUCAAGAUAUCAGCGACAGGGCAUCGAGCUCUUAAAAGAGCUGUCGGGGAUCCCUAUCUUACUAGACGAUCCCUUAUACGACCAACUCGCUACUAUGAGAGAGGAAUUAGCAGACAUUCUAGUAUUAUCCGAGUGCAGCCGCCCCGAAGCCAAGAGUGAAUUGCUGAAACUACUGGACGAGGAAGUAAAAAAGGAGAGGGAGACAGGCUACAUCGAUUAUCAUCGACGGGGCAGGCUAUACCACAAGCUUGGCCAGCUCUACCUCGGAGAAAAGAACCUCGAUCGGGCACGUCCAUUUCUGGGUCGCGCCCUCGACGAUCGGAAGCAGAUAAAUCCAAUGCCACACGAGCUCGUCAAGGAAUCGGCGGAACUAUUAGUCGAAGUCUAUCGACAAGAACAGGCAUUCGAUAGAGCUAGCGGACUCAGCGAGUGGAUUAAACGAGAGUUGCAACCGGAUUCCCUCUCCUCUUCAACUUCAACUUCGUUGCAGACAAUGCACGACCAGACCGGAAACAGCUUCAGAAUAGAUUUGACGUAUGCGUACCAAUGGUGUAAGGAGCAACGAAUGGAUGUGGAUAGCGCAACCUUCCACUUUAAUACUUGUGACCCGGAAACGGGGACGACGCCGUUACACCGUGCGAUCCAGGCGGAAAAUAUUGAAGUAGUACAACACAUGUUACACUUAGUCGACAAGGAGCAACGCGACAAGCAAGGAUCAACACUGCUGCACGAAGCGGCCUCGACGCGAAACCGAAAUUUGUGUGCCUUGUUACUUGAUAAGCAUUUGGCGAAUCCUGAUGUAGUUGACGACAGCGGAAGGACUCCGCUGCAUAGAUGUCAAACGAGGUCCGGAGGCUUGGGAGUAGCAGAACUACUUCUCAAAUCAUGCCCCCAACUUAUAAACCGUCCCGAAUAUUAUGGGAAGACAGCGCUUUAUUUGGCAUGCGAAAAGGGGAAUCAGAAAAUGGUAGAAGCUUUGCUAUCGGCGGGCGCGGAUCCGAAUAUUCCAGGACCGGGACAGGUGACACCACUUAUUUUAGCGAUCGACGUGGCGGCCCGGUCUGCGCAGAAGAUCUCCAUUGUAAAAUUAUUGAUGAAGUAUGGUGCCGAUCCGCGGAAAACAGAUGCAGCGGGUAAGACGGCCUUCGAUGCCGUCGACGGGCUAGCCAGUAAAGAGAUUAGGCUCAUGCUGGAGAGUAGCGCUUCAAGGAGAACGAGCACUAUGACAAUGAAGAGUAUAAGAAGCUCAAGCAGUAGGACAAGCUCGAGCACAACGGCGCAUUCCAGCCCAAGUUGAAACACGAUUUUGUAGCUGGUUGAUCGUUCACAUGGGUAGUCUCCCUAUCCAUUUUUUUAGCUUCGUGUAUAUAGUCUUAGAAUUUAUAGUUUGGGGUGGGUUGGUCAAAUAUAUAGAGGCCAACCUACGACUUGUACUAGGAUGAGAGCAAGACAAGAGGCGGGCUGAGAGGAACCAGGAAGAUCGCCCGAUGAAUGUAAUUACGCAUGUAUGAAUUACGGCCUUAAAAGAAUUAAUAUAAAUAUGCUGGCCUCU